GGAGUCGCCGAAGGAGUAUUCCGCAGAUUAUAUAGCGCGCAAGAGCACCGUGACCAGUACAGGUUAUAGAGAUGGUUUAAUCGAUAACUAUGGGCCUUCUGUGCUGUUUCGCUGGAGGGGCUCAGCCAGGUCGGUCCCCACCCAAGCCUGCACCCGCACCAGAGCCUGUCGUAGUUGUUGAGCACCAGCUUCUCCUGCCAACUAAGGCGCCGGCGCCCCCAGCGCUGCACUUCGCCGGGAGCGACGCGGACAAUUUUCCGGAGAUACCGCUGGUGCCGCUUGCUGCAUUAUCGGGAGUGGCAGGCAAUGUCGUCGACCGUGCGACCAAAUGCCUGGAGAUAUUAGUCGCGUCCGCGCCCAUCGCAAUCGCAGAGUUGUAUGCAGUGCCAACAGAUGAGCCUGAGGACACACUUGUGCUUAUUAGGAAAAUAGUUGCUGAUGCGCCAGACGGACGUUACCUGGCGCAGUGCCCUGACCCCGCCAUGCGACAAGUCCUUGUGCAAAUGGUCGCCUCCAAGAUGCCUGUUACCAUCGAGCGGAGCGUACCCUAUGUCAGCUCGAUGCCGCGCGGACGGAACGCCAGUCCCGGCGACCCGGUGCCCUCUGCAACGCCGACGCACGCGCCGGCACAGAACGUAGCCAGCGCCUCCUGCCUGCGCGUGACGACGCGCGUGGCGGCCGUGCCGUUGAUGCACGGCACGAGGCUUGCCGGCGCGCUCUGGCUGGAGGAGGCGGCGCACUCGGCUGCUAGCUCGGCGCCCUGCGGCCCGGAGGCCUUCAUGGCCAAUGCCAGCAGCGCCACCACCAUUCAGCUUCACUCCGCCAGCACUCUGACAAACACGACUGCCUGCUCCAGCAUCCCUGGUGCUCAAGCACCCCCACCUGCGGCUCCGUCUGGAGGCGCCAGCAGGCCGGCGGCUCGGCCCAGCCUGCUGACCGACAAGCAUGCCCUGCAGUCGCUGGGCUUCGCCUGCUCCAUGUGCCUACUGGGGGCGGAGGCGGGCGAAGUGGGUUGGCUGGCGGGUGCACUCGCACGCAUUGGCGAUGCGGUCAGCGUGCAGGAGCUGGGCUCGGAAGUGGUGGGCGCGCUCUCUGCGCACGUGCGCCGGCGCUUCGUGCUCGACUCGCACGCCUGUCUGGCGCUCGUGCCACCGGGGGCAUUACCUUGUCCUCAGUCGCAGCCGAAUCCUCAGUCACUGCCGAACCUGCAGCCGGCGCGACACGGCCAGCUUGGGCUGCUGCUGCUGCGGCAGCCGGGCCAGGCCGGCGCACACGGCGCCAACGCGCACGGAGCGGCUCAGGACGUGCACACCACCGGCGAACGCACGGCCAGCGGCCAGGCCGACCGCGUAUGCAGGGGCCCGAGCAGCCGUGUGGGGAUACAGACCACGCAGGAGGGGGUCGGGACGCCGAGCCUGUGCAGUUCGCGCCGCCGGCUGCGCGUUGCUUCCGGACAGUCAGCGGGACAGUGGCCGGUGACCGCAGUGGGGGCGCGUGCGCGGGAUGUCAGUGGCGUUGGCAUGGGCAUCGGCGAGGCCGGCCCUGCGCCGCCACCGCACAUGCGCAGCCUGCGGCUGUCGCUUGACCUUGCCUGUAGUAGCACCGGCGGCGGCGGCGCCAGCCCCAUGUGCAUGCCGCGGCCCGGCACACCGCUGGCGGUGGGGGCGCCCACGGAGGCGGGCGGCUCCCUGCCGCGCACGUCCUCCAUGACCGCGCACUUUGUAAAUGGGCAGGGCCCGGGCUCCAGGUCUGUGGUCAUCCCGCUCAGCCAGGCGGAGCUCGCGGCGGGCGGGGGCGGCAACGGCGGCGCGCCCGGUGGCGCCGCGGCUGGCGGCCUCAACGCGCGCGCCUUCCCGCUGCAGCGCACGCUGCUGGCGGCGGUGCUGGCGCAGGUGGCUGAGGCGGCGCCGCCUCGGCGGCAGUCCAAAACCAGUCCAUCGGCUACGCAGGAGUUGACGGUUUCGGUGGCGGGCCGGCCUUCGGGCGGGACUGCUUCUGCCACCAACGGCACGCCGUCGCCGGUUCCGGCCGUUGGUGCCCCGGGCUUGACCAACAGCGGCAGUGGCAGCCCGUCCCUGGCUGUGGUGGAGGACACGCAGCUGUUCGUGCAGAACGUGCAUGCGCCGUCGGCCGACAUUGUGAUGCUGAUGGGUCUGCGGCGCCCAGCCACCAGCAGCGGCACAGCCACCAUUCCCGGCGCGCACUCGACAGUGGCGCCCGUUGUGAGCGACCCCAACGCCGAUGCCGCACCGUUGUCGCCAGGUGCCGGCGGCGGCGGCACCACAACUGCUGCGGCCAGUGGCAACGGCCAGCUGGUGGGCCUCACGCCGCCGCCCUCCUCGCCUCAGUCGCUACUGGUGCUGACGGCGCCGCUGGACAACGGCGCAGCGCUGGGCCUGUACGUGUGCUUCGCGCGGCGGCUGCCGCUGCCGCUGUUGGAGGCGGUGCGGGCCAGCGCACAGCAACUGGUAGACCAGGUGCUUGCGCCCAUCCUUCGCGCCAAGCUGCGCGACAGCUCCAUCGCGCCCGAGUACGGCACCCUAUGCACCGCCAGCCCCGGCUCCUACGCGGUCGUACGCACGCCCAGCUGCAGCGGUCUGGGCACGCCCGGCCAGCAGCCGCUGUCGCAGUUGGCGUUGGCGCUGCCGUCCCUGUCCGCCGCGCUCAUGUCCACGGGCGGCGGCGGCGACCUCGCCGCCGCGCUGGGCAUGGGCGGCACCGCCACCUUGGAGCCCACCACCAUCACGGCCGAGGGCGCCGGUGGCGAGCUGCUGAGUGACGCGGGUGACGAGCUGAGCACCGCUGACGUGGAGCUGCUGCUGGCGGAGCAGGCCGCGUCCUUGGGUGCGCCGAUGGUGCCAGGCACGGACGGCGCGGCGGCGGUGGCGGCGGCGGCGGCGCGCGAGAGCCUGCUGAAGCAGCAGGUCAUCAGCGCUGGCGGCAUGGGCAAACGCAACAACUCGCACCGCAUGUCAUUGGAGCGCGUCAUCGCCGCGCGCCGCAGCGCCGGCGCCGGCACCAGCUUCACACGUCGCGCUCCCGCCUCCAUCAACGCUGUCAGCGCCUUGGGCUUGCCGCACCGCAGCUGCCAGCAGCAGCCGACGAGCGGCCUCACGCCCCGCCUGGCACUGGCCGGCAUGUCGCUGCAUCACUCCAUUGGCUCGCCAGGUCCCAACGCGCCCGAGGCCGCGCGCGCGGCCGCACGCCUGCUGGCCGGCAACAGCACCCAUGGCAGCGUCGGCGUCACGCCCAGCCACUCCUCCAGUAACGUGGUGGCACACGUGCAUCAGCACCCCGCCGCCGCGCCCGGCAUGUCGACGCUCGGUGGGGGUGGCGGCGGUGGCAGGAGCGGUGGUGCUGCCGCUGGUGCUCUGGGCCCGUACGGCACCGUGGAAGCUCUCAACAUCAGUCUGCUGCUGGGCUCCAACCCCGGCGACCUGUUCCAGAGCUUAGGCGGCCCCGGUACGCCGGUGGUGCCGUCGGGACUGGGCUCGCGACACGCUAGCCUGCGCUCGCUGCCCACCCUGCUGAUGCCGGCGCUGGAGCAGUGCAGCGCCUCCAUCCUGACGGUGGAGAACGUGGCGCCGGCGGGCACGGCGCGGCAGCAGCUGGACCUGCUGGUCACAUCCAUCCAGGCCACCAUCAACACCGACAUGGGGCUGGUGGCCACACAGGGCGCCGCGCACGCCGACGACCUGGAUGCGCUGGAGGUUGGCGACGUGCUGGGCAAGGGCGGCGGAGGCAUCGUGUUCCGUGGCCGGCUGGGCACACUGGACGUCGCUGUCAAGCUGAUGGAGCUUUCCAAGGUCGACCCGGCCGCGUUGACCGCGCCGCAACAGCAACAGCAACAGGCUGCCAACCCGCCUGCGCUGGGCGCGGCCGCCGACGCGGCUGUGGUGGCGGCAGAGAAGGCGUCGCUAAACGCGCGGCGUGAGAUGCUGCGCAACGCGAUGGAACUGGCGGUGCAGUCCAGGUUAAGCCACCCAAACAUCGUGCAAAUAUACUCGACCUACAACAACGUCAUGCUGGUCCCGCGCCGUGGGCCCUUCGGGGGGCCGGGCGCCACCUUUCAGCUGGCGCCGGUGCCGGAGCCCGGCUCGGCCGAAGAGGCCCUCUUGGCGGCGGCUGGCGCAGCCGCGCAGCAGGCCGCGGCCACUGGCCAGUCCAAGAACUGGGUACACGUGCCGUCCGUGGCGGCGGUGUUUGAGCUGUGUGAUGGCGGCUGUCUGGGCAGCCUGCUUGUCUCCCGUACCUUCCCAAGGCCGGCGCGUGGCGGCUCGCUGCGCCAGGGCCUUGCAGUGGACAUGAAGGGCGUGUACAUGGUGCUGCUGGACGUGGCGCUGGCACUGAGGCACCUGCACUCCUUGCACCUGGUGCACCGAGACAUCAAGCCCGCCAACCUUCUACUCAGGGCCAAUCCGCGUGACUACCGCGGAUUCACCGUCAAGCUGGCGGACUUUGGCUUCGUGCUGCACCUGUCCGAGGUGUCGGAGGACGGCACUCGCUACGUAGUGGCGGACCAGGCCUGCGGCACUGUGACGCACAUGGCGUGCGAGGCAAUGCUCGGAAAGGCCAAGAUUGACGCGUCCGUCGACGUGUUCAGCUUCGGCGUUCUCAUGUGGGAGUUGUUCAGCGGCGGCGUACGGCCGUACCCUCACGUCCAGCCGGACAAAAUCCCUCGCCUAGUGUACAAGGGCGAGCGCCCCACCUUCAACGACGACGUGCCGCUGCAGUACAGGAGCCUUGCUGCCGCCUGCUGGAGCCACCUGCCCGACCGCCGACCCAAGGCGCACGAGCUGGUCACGGUGCUCAACAACAUGCUGCAGCAGCUGGAACACUAACCAGCGGCUGGGCAGCGGCAGCAGCAGCAGCGGCAGUAGGUGGUGGGAGGAGGAGAAAAAGAGAAGUAAAGCGUUGACUGUGGCGGUUGGCAACGUGACGCAACGCGGCGAGGCGGAAGCGCUGGAGUCAGCAUCCGACAGCAGCUGUUGCCGCCUUGGUAUGCAGGCAGCAGCUCGUCACGCGCCCUUUAUGCGGUAUGCUAUGCCCGCGGUGGGGUGCCCAUGCACUGUCAGGCGCUGUCUCGUGCACGGUACCAGCGGUACAGGCUGCAUGAUCCCUGCGGAAAUGAAUUGGGAUAGCUUGCCGGUUGCGUUUGUGGCAUUGCCCCAGCACUGUGCUGUGCCGCGUGGUGGACUUGCCAUUAAAGCAGACUGUGUGUGAAGCCCGCUCCUUUGAACUUUAAAUCAGACACUGCAACAUGCCAGGCAACUGCACCAAGUUGUCUCAUAGUCACCACCAGGAAGCUGUGUGGACUCGGACGCGUUCGCGCAUUCCCUGCUUCACCACCUGCUUUAUGACCUACCGUUGGGGCCAAGCAUGUACGCUUGCACGCACGCAUCCGGCGGUGAGAAUUGCAGUCUAAGCUCCUUGGUGGGGCCCUGUGUUGUGAGUUGUGGUCAUUUCAUUCAGUAGGUACAGUCGGUAGGUGCGCGCAGUUUGCUUGCGACCGGAUGUUACAUAUUCAGGGUUUUGAGACACGUGCUGCAUGGCCGUCGCUCUCUGCUUGCGCGCCAUCAUCGAGUUUCCACUGAUUGACGCACAUUAAUUCCAGCCCAGCACAUGAAGAGAAUGCUUCCGGGGGCUUGAAAACAGGGCGAGCUGCAGCGUAUGUGUGUGAGGGAUUAUAUGCUUACCUGGAGGGAGGAGGGGAAAGGGCAGGGCUGCUGGGCCUUGCUGCACCGUGCGUCCAAUCUUGUGCACCUUGCAGAAGAAUGAUCUCUGUACCGGAUAAUCUCAGGUGAUGCUCUGUUGUAGGUGUGUAUACGUGUUUCUUCAAGCGCUGCUGUGCGCUACAUAUGAUAAACAGGUCUGCAGUGUGGGUUUAUAUGUGGGGUUUAUAUCAGACGAUUCCAUGCGUCGAUGGCGGUCCAGCAAGCUCGCGUCAAGGUAAGCCUGAGGCAUGGACAGUGAUGCGUGUCUCGACACGGCGAAGAGAGCAGCGCCUCGGGACCUCCUUUUGUGCGCGCGUUGUGCGCAUGGAUACGGUACCCUUGUAUGGUUGCAGAAGGAGGGCGCAUUGAUCCAGGGCUGGGGGUCCUCGGCUUGUACGGAUGAUGUGCCUGUGGAAUCGCGGAUUGUCACGGUGUCGCGAGAUCUAAGAGAUGAGGGUAAUUUAUCGUAUAAAAUAGGGGCAUGGCGAGUGUGAGUGGGGGGCAAUGCGUUCUUGAAUGGAUACGUAGCAAGGGGCACCCGAAUAAAGUGUACGGACUGGGGUAGAAGGAGGAAGAAUAGGCCGCUUUGACUGCGAUACUUGGUUGCGGAGCUGCGGCCAGAAAGUACCGGAGUGGAAUGGUUGAAUGAUGAGAUCCCUGGCCGGCCAUGCGAGGGGCAGAAUGAAAGGGUUCGGCGUUGCGCGAGUCAGGCUGAUCGAAAUUGUUGUAUGCAGCACGAUUUAUGAGUGAUGCGAAGGUAUCAGCAUUGCCAAAAGCGUAAGCAAGCUCGAUAGGUGAUACUCACUGUGCUAAGCUCAAAGCUAGAAAGGGGCUCGGGGGCACCGUGAGACUGACAUUGUGACAGGCACUGCGUUUGUGGGGGAAGCUGUGGAGUGAACAGAAAAUUGAGGUGGAUUAGUGGGGGUGGCUAUGGUGCUUGAGUAGUAUAGCGUGUGCGGGAGCGCACGGAGCAUGCGGAGUGGAGGGCGACGAGGACAAGGGCAACACUGGAUGAUUGGCAUGAUGAGUGUGAUGUUGGUCAGGGCACGUCUGCAUCUCGUACAUGUGCAGGGCUGCUUUCUUCUUCUGGUUGAGUAUGUUGCGCCAGAUGGGUCGCGUUUUUACAGUCGCACCCACGUUUGCGCGUGUGCAGCCACAUGAAGCGCCGUUGAGGAAGGACGCCAGCAUGUUCGGGCUCUUUGCGUGGGCUCCUUCCUAUGCCUACAGGAAAGGUGCCGGCAGGUUUCAUUGUUUCCUCAGUUUUGACACGCCCAUUCGGCCAGUAAUUGUUGACGCACCUGGCAUGUCGUUGACACGCACUGCUCCGUAGACCGGUCACUUGACGGCUGUGUCGUGUGUGUUAAAGAGCACAAGGAUAACAUAGCGCAAAGACAGUGUAUGCGAUGCAGCAAAGCGACGGUUUACGGAUGUUACCUGAAGUUACCUCGCAUACCUGCUGCUGUGAGCCGCCGGUCUUACCAACCAGAAAUCGCGCAACCCCCGCAACUCUAACCUCGAGGGGGGAUAAGUGUUCCACACGCUCUCAAGGGUGCAAACCCAUGCUGCCAUGCGUGUGCUCACGGUACCGUGAGGCCCAGGCACUCUUACGAUUCCUAGCUCCGCGUCGCUAUUCCUGGCCGCUAAGUCCAAGCUCCCGCCCAAUCCUCGAUGAAAUGCUCACCUACGAGCGAAUAAGAAAACAACAGAGCACAGGGUGUCGUGUGUGUGUGUGUGUGUGUGUGUGUGUGUGUGUGUGUGUGUGUGUGUGUGUGUGUGUGUGUGUGUGUGUGUGUGUAUAUGCAAGUUCCCUUCAACCAUCAAGUGUGAUCUGCGUUUGUACUGCUGUGCUUGCCCAAUGGCUGCCUGCUGGCCAGGCUGACGUUGUGGUGACUCCAUCACCUCACACACCAGAUAGGCCGCUAUAAGCUUGGUGGCAAUGUUUGGUUCAACAGAUGGCCUGAAUGGGUUUGCCAGUAUUUUGACUUAGUAGUGUACCUGUAAGACACUGCGUUG